AUGUUGGCAGAAGGCAUCUUAACCAGACUCAUGUAUAAGGAAAGCUGUCGUCAAGAUGGGUGUCACAAGUCUCAUGCAUCCAAAAAGGAUAAAGAGGGAAUCUGGAGACAGAAACUUGUAGACAACCCAAAAAUUAAAGGCUUUUCUGAUGGACUUGAGAAGCAGGGUGAGAUCUCUGCUGAUAGCAGCCAAGUGCAACACAGGAGUGGUCCUCAGCGGAGAUCCGUAAACGAGAUACCUGCACAAGAUCAGAACACUCUUGUUAAAGGAACCGUGUCACCAGCUUUGCAUAUCCCCAAGAGAGAACAAAACGUGGAGCAGAUGGAUUUGUACAGAUCCUGGUCGUGCAACAGCAUUUAUCAAAUCUAUCCUGACCUGCAUAUCGGGGGAGACCGUGUGGGGGACCAUCUGUGUGAUUCAGGUUGUGUUUUGGACCAUGUGUGUGAUGACCUUCCCGAUGGCCCUGUGUUGCUGUCCGCAGAUAUUCCUCCGGGUCAGUCCCCUCCAUGUGAGCAUCCUGAAAAGCCAAGUAUAACGUCCCUGUCUGGAAAUGAAGCUGAAGAAACGAGUAUCGUGCUCUGCGAGGAGCCUCUUUCAAACUCUGUGCUCAACAAGUACAUGGAAACGAAAGUGGCAGAGCUCUAUAAGCAGUUUUUUGAAGAAAACUUGAUGAGAUGUGGUUCUGUAACCAACCUCCUCACCUGCAGCUUGAUAAGGAAUAACCUGAAUCAGAUAAGCCUUCAGAUAUCCCAGGAGCAGAAUAUAGAAACAUCAAAAGCCAGAGAAGUGCUUCUGCACUCUUUAGCUUUGUUUAGUUUGCGCAACGCUACCAACAGGAGUAGCUCUGAGUUCAGUACUCCAGACUUACAAAUCUCCAACCCGGCACGCGUGAAAAAGAGCUGCAGGAUGCAGUUUGCAUCGUGA